AUGCGUCUGAAAGUUGAAACAUAUCUCCAUCUAACAGACAGCCAAGAUAUAUGCACGAGGGGCACAGCGACCGUACUUCAUUUUGGGAGACUGGUCAGCUGGUUUUCAAGGCCUUCUUUCUUGUCUGAAACAAAGAAAAUUGCUGCCUCUCCUUUGAAUGCCCAGCCUUCUUUCCAUGCUCGCUCAAACAGCUUGCCUUCGAGGCAACACCCCUUCGCCUCACAAAUCGAUGAAAAUCUGAACCGAUUGAGGGCAUCUCAAUCGGCCUCUACAUCAUCAUCAGUAGGAGAUAAACUGAAUUGUCUGCAAGAUUUGUAUGACUAUGUCGAUAUGUUUCUACAAUUGCCUCACACUCCACAAGCUCUAGCACAAGAGCAGCAUAGGAAACUGGUUGAACUUUUGGAUGGAUCUCUUUCGCUCCUGGAUGUAUGUGGAACCGCUAAAGAUGCCUUGCAGAAAACAAAGGAAUGCACACAAGAACUUCAAUCAAUUUUGUGCCGGAGACGAGGAACCGAGUGCCUUGCAAAUGAGGUUAGGAAAUACUUCACCUCCAGGAAGGCUGCAAGAAAGGCAAUAUGCAAGGCCUUAAAGAACUUGAAACAUAUGGAGAAUAAACUUGCCUCCUCUUCCUUCAGCAAAGAUGGUGAAACCGGAGCCGUGAUUAGCACCUUAAAACAAGUAGAAGCAGUAACCAUCAGCGUCCUAGAAUCCAUGUUGACCUUUAUUUCAGGGCCAGAGGCUGAGCUGAAAUCAAGCCGGUGGUCACUAAUCUCAAAGUUAAUGCACCAGAAAAGAGUAAUGUGCGAGGAAGCAGAACAGAAAACAAUUGCGUUCCUUCAUUAA